AUGCCUAAGACGUUCCUCAUUCUAGGUGCUGGUAUGACCGGCCUUCCUCUAGCCCAUUAUGUCCUCAAGCACUACUCCGCCAAACAUGACCUGAAAGUCAUCCUUGUCUCCCGAUCUGAGGAGUUCUACUGGAAUAUCGGAGCACCCCGUGCUGCGAUACCGGGACAGUUCACCGAUGAAAAGGUCUUCUUCUCGAUACCGAAGGCAUUUGAGAAGUACAACAACCAGAACUUCGAGUUUGUUCUCGGCACGGUCAAACAGUGGGACCCAGACGCUAGUACUGUUACUUUGACCUCAAGUGAGGGACUAUCACGUACACUAGCCUAUCACACUUUACUGCUGGCCACUGGCAGUGACUAUGCUAGCAAAAUGCCUUGGAAGUUGGUCGGUACCUCUCACGAAACACAUAGAGCGCUUGAUAAGUUGCGAAAAGAAGUCGAUGAAGCAAGCUCAAUUGUCAUUGCUGGAGGGGGACCAACUGGCGUUGAAUUUGCCGGUGAACUAGGCCAUGAGUUUGCAAAAGCAGGGAAGAAGUCAGUGAUCUUGGUCAUCACUGAAUCGCACCCAUUGGAGUCGAAGAAUCUUGAAGCGACCCGAUUAGCGGCUAGAAGAGAACUCGAAAAGCUGAGGAUCAAAAUCAUAUCCAAUGCCAGAAUAACAGAGCGUACCACCAAAAAUGGGGUCACUUUUCUGACACUAACUAAAGUCGACGGUAGCACAGAGAUACUUGAAACAGAUUUGUUUGUCCCGACUUGGGGUGUGACUUCCAACACAUCGUUUGCACCAUCUUCUCUUCGGGAGCAAAAUGGACGGCUUAAGGUCACCCAGUCGCUCCGUGCGCCGGGCUAUGACAAUGUCUUCCUCGCAGGCGACGCGGCUGAUGCAGAUUGCUAUGCAGCCACAAUUAGAGAGCCGCAGAUACGCUAUCUUGCCACCGCGAUAGGUCAAUACCUGGAGGGAGGAGUAGUUUCGAAGUAUUGUCUGGAAAUCAAGGUUGGCCUGGCCGCUUCGAUUGGUCCUGGUCGUGGAGUUGGUCAAAUGGGCAGUUUCAAUAUGUGGAGCUUUCUCGUUUGGUUUUACAAAUCUCGCCAUAUGUGCACAAACGUUGCUCCCGAAUACGUGGCUGGAGAUCGUCUCAUUUUGGGGUCAUUUUGA